UAUGGAGUCUGGUACCACACGUAUUGCAUCUUCUUCUUCUUUCCAGGAGCUAGCCCAGUCCACGAUUUCUCUGGACGGCCCAUGAGAGUAAGUAGAUAUGGUGGGCCCAUUCAAUUCAGCCAGCCCAACCCAGCCCACCCCACCAAACGAAAGGAAAAAUCCUCUCCGUCACGGGGGGGUGAUUCCAUCCAUCUCCGGCGAGGCGAGCGGCGAGCCACCAUUUCAUUUCAAAUCCACCCGCCGCGCCGCCCGCAACAUGCCGGCGCUGGCGGAGCAGGAUCACCACGACGCCCUCUCCCUCUUCGCCUCCCGCCUCUCCCGACAACAUAGAUUUGGGGACGACGACCUCCGGCUGCUGGAGGCCGCGCUCUCCGCUGGCGCCGACGUCCCCGCUCUGCUCGCCACGCGCUCGGCCGCCCGCCGUCUGCUUCAACAGCGCGCGAAGGAGGCAUUCGCCGCGCUGGAUCCGCUGCUGGAUCAGGGGAGGAGCCUCGCCAGCGCCGACUUCUUCGCGCGUGCCUUCGCCCUCGUCGGCGAUGUCGAGAGCUGCCUCGCCAUGAGAUACGAGGCCCUGCUUCUGCGAGAUGCCAAAUACUCUGACAACCACCAUCUGCAAGUGUCCCGUCAGGAGUGGUUAACUUUUGCGAAGGAUUCUCUUGAUAAUGGCUUUUACACAAUUGCUUCCAAGGCAUGUGCACAUGCUACAGCGCACAUUCAUCGCAGCCACCCAGGGCAGUUGGGCUCCACUAAUUCCAUCGAGAAGGACGAGAUCAAUGAUAUAAUAGGUCUUCAAAACUUGGCCAAGUCAUUAUCUGCACAGCAUUCUGUUCAGACACAGUCAGCUGAAUACAUGAAAAGGAGAGCUUCAGGUGUUCAUGAGAAGUAUAAUUUGCAACCAGGAAAACCAAAGUUACCAGGAAGUUCAAUGUUUAGGUUAGGGAUCAAAACAAGGAACAUAAAGAAACUGCUUCAUAGCCGCGAAAGGAAUUUGGGCGAGAUUUGAAGCAAACUUAGUACGCUAUGCUUGACAAGACCAAGAAGAAUGAACAUGAUCUUGAGUAGUAGCUAUUUUGUAAGAGGUGAGAAUUUUUGCAACGGAGACAUGAAGAUGAAGCUGUCAAAGACUACCUGUGUCCUUGAGUAGCAUAUUCACUCCUGAAAGAAAGUUGCUACUUUCCAUAUCUGCAUAACGCUGUUCAUGUGCCGAACAAAAAUAAAUAUCAAUUGCGUCGUGCUUAACAUGCCACCUUAUAAUUAUAUGAAUUGAAAUCUUUUUUGCGAUUGAUGAUUC